AUAUCUAUCUACGUGUGCGUUUGUGUUGAUGUCUGUGGUUCAUUAACCGGCUGCGUCAAGAGGAGAGAAACGUACACAUCAUGGUUUAAGACUGCCUGCUUAACGCCACAUCCUCCAUUUAACAGCGUCAUCGGGACUCUGUCCUUUUCCGAAAGGGAGACGUUUUUUUCUGGCGCUGCAGGAUUUUGGUGUCAUGCAUCCGAAGUGAGGCUCCUGUGUGGCUGAUCCGGCCCCUAGCCGAACCGUCAUCAUGUCAGCUGCAGAGGGAUCCAGUGAACAGGAGGAUGGAGAGUACGCGAGGGCGGCUAAACGAUUAAAAACCGAAGAUAGGGAGAUAGAGGAAGGAGAGGAGGAGGGGGAGGAGGAGGAGGAGGUGGAGGAGGGAGAAGACUCGGACUCGGACAUUUGGCUGCCCGGUAACGGGAACACAGGGGCGGACAAACGGACACGAUGGAGCUCGAGUCAGUCCGGCCCUGGAAAGAGGGAACACGGAGACGAUGCCCAUCGCAUCUCUCCUAGUCCAGUGGUCCACGUCAGGGGUCUGUGUGAGGCGGUGGUGGAGGCCGACCUAGUGGAUGCUUUGGAGAAGUUCGGACCCAUAUGCUAUGUGAUGAUGAUGCCAUUUAAGCGUCAGGCCCUGGUGGAGUUCUCGGGUGUGGAGAGCGCUGACCGCUGUGUGUCCUGUGGAGCCAAAGAGCCGGUCUACAUAGCAGGACAGCAGGCCUAUUUUAACUACUCCACGUCAAAGCGAAUCACCAGGCCGACCAAUUCAGAAAACCCCAACAGCGGAAACAAAGUCCUCCUGCUGUCUAUCCAGAACCCUCUGUACCCCAUAACCACGGACGUUCUCUACACGGUGUGCAAUCCCAUUGGCAGUGUGCUGCGCAUUGUCAUCUUCAAACGCAAUGGAAUCCAGGCCAUGGUGGAGUUCGAAUCGGUCCAGUGUGCUCAGAAAGCCAAAGCCACUCUGAACGGCGCUGACAUCUACGCCGGCUGCUGCACGCUCAAGAUCGAAUACGCACGACCGACCAAACUAAAUGUGAUUAGGAAUGACAAUGAGAGCUGGGACUACACAAAGCCCUACCUGGUUCGACGAGAACGUGGAAAAGGCAGGCAGAGACAGGCCAUCUUGGGUGAACACCCAUCAUCCUACAUAGAUAAUGGUUAUGGUCCAUCUUGUCCCAUGUUGCCUCUGCCCACCAACAGCAGAUACAAACUUAACCCGUCAGAUGGUCCAGACGUGGUGUCCUACCCUCCGCCACACUCUUCCUCCUCAUAUUCAGCCCACGUGCCUAGCUCUGUGGCCAUGGUCAGCGGGCUCCACCCGGUCAAGAUGAACUGCAGCCGCAUCUUCAACCUCUUCUGCCUCUAUGGCAACAUCGAAAAGGUAAAGUUUAUGAAGAGUGUUCCUGGCACAGCGCUGGUGGAGAUGGGAGAUGAGUACGCUGUGGACCGAGCCAUCACACACCUGAACAGCAUCAAGGUGUUUGGAAAGAGACUCAAUGUCUGUGUGUCCAAGCAGCAGGCAGUCAUUCCUAGUCAGGUGUUUGAGCUGGAGGACGGCAGCAGCAGCUACAAAGACUUUUCCAUGACGCGCAACAACCGCUUCAGCAGCGCCGGCCAGGCCUCCAAGAACAUCAUUCAGCCGCCGGCCGCUGUGCUGCACUUCUACAAUGUGCCGCCGUGCGUCACCCAGGAGCACCUGCUGACGUUGUGUUUGGAGCACGAUGUGCCGGGCUUCGUCAAGGUUAAGGUGUUUGAUGCAAAGCCCUCCUCCAAAACUAUCUCUGGUCUGUUGGAGUUUGACAGUAAAACUCAAGCAGUGGAAGUCCUCACUGUCCUCAACCACUACCAGAUCCGAAUACCCAAUGGCUCCAACCCGUACACACUGAAACUGUGUUUCUCCACCUCCUCCCAUUUAUGAACAGCUGGAUGACCACACCCAGAUUACCAGAGAGACAGCGUGAUAGAGACGGAAGGAUAAAUGGAGGCGUUAAUGUGGAACAUGAGGAACGAAACAUUGGUCUUCAUGAAACUGUUGGUCUCAGACCUUUUUUCUUUUUUAAUCAUGGCUCUGUUCUUUCUUUAGACAUAGAUGUGUAUUGUCAGAUGAUAUUUAGAGCAUUUUGGGCGUAUUGUACAUUCACAUUGAGACAGAACUGUUGUCUGCAGCUGAGAUGAACUGAAACCAGGCACAUGUCGCUCUGGAAAACCUCUCUCUGUUUUCUCGGUUGUUUGAAACUUGCUUGCACACCCAUCAAAUAUUAGCACAGUAAAUAUUUGGGCAAAUCGGAGGUGAAAGGGUAAAAAGCACAACUAUUUUAAUCCAGGCUAAAACUCCAGCACACUGCCGCUGCUUUUUAUAACUUCAUGUCACAUCUGAAAACAGAACUUUGACUUAUGAACUGCAAUUAUUUUUAUUUAUUUUGUAAAUUCUCUUUACAGUAGCACGUAUAGAUGUUAAAGAUUUCUGAUCAGCUCUACAGAUUCCUCAAGUUUCUUUUUCAUUUUCCAUUGUUUUUUGCAGACAACACUAAAUCAGACGUGCUUAUGUGGUCUUACAGAGGUGUUAUAUGCUAACCACACAUAUUCAUUCAGUUUGACCAACAAGCGGCACUUAGCAUGAGAUGCUAACGUCUUAGAGCAGAUUUGCCCAGUUUUGUGAAUACCAAGUUGAUUUCUCUUACACACUUCUCAAAUUCACCAGAAAUCAGAGAGACUUUAAGGGAAUGUUCCAUGAGGCCCAAUAGA